GUAUAGGGUACGGAGUACAGAGUACCGCGCUGGAGACUAGGACGCUGCUCCCCGUGUCUUUUUGCUGCGGUGGAGAAGAGCCAUACACCAAGGACCAUCUCAAUUUUACACGGAGUGGAGUCAACUUCAAUACAUAUUCAUCGUUUUAUCCAAAUUCAAUUUUUAACAGCUACGACUAUUCUCAAUGUUCUGUGUGUGAGCUGCGCCUUCAGUGAUCAUUCCAUUAUUUUAUCAUUCUAAUUUAGCUGUGCCAAAUUAAUCGGGAGAAUGGCAAUGAGGAAGAAAGUUUGAAUUGAAAAGCAUCAACACACACCAAGAUUAUUCCUAACCAGUUACUCAAUCAGUUGUGAGUGGUUGAGUGUACAUGUCAUAGGUAUUGCAUGGACCAACAUCAUUUUUUGUCACAAAAAAAAAAGAACACCAAAAUGGAUCCCUUGUUCACCGCGACUGAUUUGCCAUUGCUAAGCAAUUGGACCAACGCUUCAGGAAUCAAUGGAACUGAUCUAGACGGGAACCAGUUUGUGCAACCAGUUUGGAGAAUUGUUCUAUGGGCAUUCGCCUACAGUUGCAUGGUUACUGUGUCUCUGGUGGGGAACGUCGUAGUAAUAUGGAUCAUUAUGGCGCACCAACGAAUGAGAACUGUGACCAACUAUUUUCUGUUGAACCUGGCGUUUGCAGAGGCGUCUAUGUCAGCCUUCAACACCGUUAUCAACUUCGUCUAUUCCGUCCACAACGAGUGGUACUUCGGGCUGAUGUACUGCCGCUUUCACAACUUCUUCCCCGUCGCUGCUGUCUUCGCUAGUAUCUACUCUAUGACUGCGAUAGCGGUGGACAGGUACAUGGCCAUCAUCCACCCCUUGCAGCAGCGUAUGUCGUCCACAGAGACCAAGGUGAUCGUGGGGGUGAUCUGGGUGCUGGCUCUGCUCCUGGCCUUCCCUCAGUACUAUUACUCAGUGACAGAAGAGCUACCUGGACGAAUCAUCUGCUACAUCGAGUGGCCCGAAUACACUGGCUGCGACUACAGAAUUAUGUACUACAUGUGCGUGACAGUGCUGAUCUACUUCCUGCCUCUACUGGUGAUGGGCUGUGCCUAUCUGGUGGUGGGCCUCACUCUCUGGGCCAGUAACAUACCUGGAGACUCCUCUGACCGCUACAAGGAGCAGCUCACUGCCAAACGCAAGGUGGUGAAGAUGAUGAUCGUGGUGGUGUGUACAUUUGCUAUCUGCUGGCUGCCCUACCACGUGUACUUCCUGCUCCAUCUGUUCUUCCCCCUCCUGUUUGAGACACUCUACAUCCAACAAGUCUACCUGGCUGUCAUGUGGCUGGCCAUGAGCUCCACCAUGUACAACCCGAUCAUCUACUGCUGUCUCAACGACAGGUUCCGAGCUGGCUUCAAGCAGGCAUUCCGAUGCUGUCCCUGUGUUCCCGCUGGCUCUUACGAGGGUCUGGAGCUCAAGUCCACACGUUACCUACAGACCCAGACCAGCAUGUAUAAGACCAGUCGCAUGGAGACAGCUGUGUCCGCCGUGCCGCACGUGGUCAACGACUUGGAGCCUCCCAGGUUCGGGGCCCUAUCUGGGGCCGGGUGUGAGGCCGGGGCGCGGGUGGUUGGCGGAGGGGGCGUGGGGUUGUGUGCGGCGGCACCCAGGCGCUCCUCUCUGGACCUGACUUCCAAUGGCUCUUCGUCCCGCAGCAUCUCCAAGACCGUUUCGGAGACCUCCAGCUUCUACAACAACCUGCCUGAGUAGGGAGGGGAGAGUAGAGUCAAGCACCGCUGAACACGCUCUCACAAUAUCUGCCAACGGGGACCGUGUGCAUGUGUGUUUUUGUGUGUGUGGCCGUGAACGUGUUUCUGUGUGAGUGUACAUUUGUGUUGGUGUGUGGGUUCCGUCCAUGUAUGUGGAUAAUGUCCUUUCAUUGAAUGUUGGGCAUCAAGUCUACCGCCUGUGACUAAGGCUUGGUUUGGUUCCCCUUCAGAGGGCAUUGUGCUUUCCAGUGUGCCCUGAUUCAAACUAAACAGGAGUUCGUAGACACUAAGGCCGUAAGGCAUACCUAGCCCACACUACCUGGUACCUGCUGUACACGAGUUAGCUGAGAACGUCACGAAAACGAUGCGCACGCUUCAAUGGGGCAGAAAGCCGCGUGUUGUUGGGAUUCUGGAUGGCCAGGUAGCUAGCAACAAUGACAAGUGGGGAAUCGUGAGUGGCUCGUUUCAGUUAGCUUUACCUUGUUUUUUGAGGUUUUUGACUGCUGUCACCUCUAUGCUAAAAUGGCUCAAAUUCGCUAGCUAGCUAACCAAGAAAUGUAAGGAUGUAUUUAAGAGACAACAUGUACUCAUUGUGCAACUUUAUUUAUGUUUUCAACAAACAUUGGAGACAAAAUGUAGUUUACAUGUUGUCAGAAAUUUAAACCAACCCUGUCUGUUUUGCCACAUAGUUGCACACGUGUCGGUUUUGUUGUUAAACUACCAACCCGUCUAUAGCCCGCAGAGAUAAAGGCUGGCUUCAAGACUUGAUCAAUACAGAAAACAAGCUUAAUUAAUACAGGACCCAGCCCUAACUGAACCCUCAAACCUUUACACUAUCCACAAAGCUUCAAUUAUCAGAAUCUAACCAAAACUUAUCUAGCAUAUUCACAGUUGCUUCUAACGUUCAUAUUACCAUCAGUACUUCUGAAUGGUGCAUUAGUGUAUGACUGCUGGGAGCACAGUCAGUUCUCAUGAACAUGUUUAUGAUAAGCUUGGUAUUUCGGUUGCAUAGCCUAAGACCCUGAAACGAAGCCCGGGGUUAACAAGCCAGCACUCCAUGGGAAACUAGACUACUGGGGCUGAUGUGUGUUUAGCUGGUGGCCUUUCAGCAUGACUUCAGUGGAAUAAUGUGGGAUAGACCUGAACAGAGUGCUAGUCAGCUGUGUACUUCACAGGACAUAAGACAGUGGAGAAAUGUAGUGUGAUUACAUAAACAAAGAGAAACUGCACUGCGAGGCUUUUGUUAGUUCUUGUAACUAGCGAUGGGAAGAUGGGUCUGGAUACUUAGCAUAAUGCCGCUGAGGGAGGGAGGGAGGAAGGGAGGCAGCUUUGAGGCAAUUCUCUCUGUAUAAAACCUCUGGGUCUGAGAUGGAACCCUAUUGCCUAGAUAGUGCAUUGCUAUUGACCAGAGGGUGCCCUUUGCCAUGCAACCUCUGUGUGACUGUGUGUUCAGCGGGAGGGAGCUGUUAUAGCUGUGACACAGCAGCUCCUACCCCACCAUCUGAAACCUAACGAGUACACUUAUGUAUGUAUGAUGUUCAGCACACACAUAAUCACACAUUCUCACACAGACCCACAGACACCCUCAGCUGUUCACACACAUGUAUUUAAAUUCCCCAAUUUUACAUUUGUAUUAACAUUUUACAUUUUAAAUCAAUAUUUUUGCAUUUGUAAUGCCUUAUUGAAUAAUUGAAUUCAUCAAUUCAAAUUGUAUUUCAUGAUUUGAAACUGAAUUUAAUGAAUAUUGCAUUAAGUUUUAAAAUUACAUUUCAAUUUAAUUCCAUAUUCUAUAUUUAUAUUCAGUGUCAAUAUGGUAGAAACAGUACUGCAUUCAUCCUUUACAUUAACUUCCUGAACAUAUGCCUAUGGGCUUUAGAUAAGUGGGCUAACACAGUCUUCUGUCAUGCAUGUUCCGGAGAGUCUUAGAUUUCAGGAAUGGGCUAAGCUUAUUGCCCAAACGAUUAAAUCCCUAGAGCCAAAUUUCUAGGAAGACAAUAAAUUCAACAUAAUACAAUGGCUUCAGAAACCAACAGAAUCUGCUCCUUUGAUACCUCUAGCUUCUGUUCACCACAGAGAGAGUUUGAUUUUAUCGGUUCUCCUCUACCUUUCCUGGCUGGCAAAGUACCAGGAUGUUGUUUUGAAUCUGAAUCUAGAGUACUGAAUUCAAAAAGGUAAAUCAUUAGGGGUGUAGAAUAUCUACUUAUCCCGUUGUAAUUAGAUACCUAUUCUUUCUGCCUUGCCACUCCUAUGUUACGGUGUCUGGUAGACUUCUAAAAUUCAUUCAGAUUUAAUGGGAUGUGUGCGUGCGUGCGUGCGUGCGUGCGUGCGUGCGUGCGACACGUCUCAGUGGACACAGUCUGUAAGAAGGAGGACAGAAUUCACUCAGACAUUGCAUUUCACCUCAAGACAGCCACUAAAUGAAACACGCCUUGCAACUGAUUAAUUUAACAUGGGGUACCAGGUAGCCUGUUCUUCUCUCCAAACAAACUCUCUCAGGCAGACACUAGUUCAGCCAAAAAGGCAUCCGUCCUAAACCAAAAGGUCGGUAGCUCCCAUACAGUUGAACUGAAUACUGAAACCAAAAAUAGACCAAACACACAAUGUCUAAAUUCAAUAGAAUGUUUUUACAUUUCAGAUGGCAGGUUCAAGAGAAGAUUAUGCCAAAGAGAGGCAGCUGAAUGUGUACCAAACCUCAUUCAAAACAGAUUUGUUAAUUGACAAUGUUGCAGGAUGUAUGGUUGCUUAUUUCAGAAAGCCGUGUUGGUUUUGAUCACUGUAGUGAUGGAGACAAUUGGCUGGCCUUGUUCCUGUGGGUUGGGAGAGAGCUGGCGCCAUGCUGUCUACUCAACUGGGUGAAUGUCCUCAUCAACGCCAUCUCUCUCCAAUCACACUAAUUACCCACAAGGGGAGAGAGAGAUGGAAUGGAAUGAGACAGAACAGCUGUACACACACAUACAGAAAGAAGCACACACACAAAGACACAAACGCACAUAGGCACAUACAGACACAUCCGUGCACGCGAAUGCACACACACACACAGGGUAAAAAGAGCAGAUCUCUCCUUUGCCUUAAUGAUGUGAUGUGAUUUUCACUUACCUGUAUGUAUGAGCCUACCAUCUACAUGAUGGAUUCUGGCUGGUGCAACGCACCAUGAGAUGUGCUUAUCUCUGCUACAGUGAUCUGAGUGGCUACUGCUUUGAUGCGUUUAGAUGGAGAGAAUCUGCCAGGACUGAAUGGGAUGGGUGAGAGACGAGCAGCAUCAGUUCCAGUUUUCCGCCACUGGUCAUUUGGACAUAUCAGGAUUGGGCAAAGGCGGUACUUAAACUGCUUCGCUUCGAGUGCUUUGCGCGUGGG